GAAAAAAAUCCGUCAACAGCGUCGCGCAAUUUCCGCCCCGUUCCCGCGCCCCCUCCUAAUCACCGUCGAUUGUAUAACUGCCAUAACCCAGCGGCUAGCCAUGGCGGCUGUAGGCGCCGCCGUCACUCGUUGUUACGCGGUCAACCACCCCUCCCACUGUUCGCCCGACGACUCGCUAAGAGCUUCUCCGCGAAUUCAUCUUACGCCUCCGCGGACCAGCUCGCGUGCCCUCUUAGGGCCAAAAGCCGGCGGGAUUGCCGCGUCCCCAGCCUCGCUGCUAACUAGCAAAGCCGCAUUCUCCAGCGGAUUUUCCGCCGAUUUCUACGGCGCUACGACGCCUCGUAGGCUCUCAGGCCGACGGGGAAGCGUCAUCCGCGCGUCCGCGCUGCCGGAACCCGAAGGCGCGGAGAAAAGGGCAGGGCGGAAGGGAAAGGAGCGCGCGGGGCCGACGGCGGAAACGUCCCCCAUGGUGCGCCUGGCGUGGUACGCGUCCGAGGCGUUCGGGAAGGCGGUCGCGGCGGUGCGCGGGGGGGAGGGGGGAGGCGCAAAGGGCGCAAUGGUGGACGGGGAGCCCGCGGUAGUUGAGCGCGAUGCGGCGAUUAAAGCGCUGAGGGCAGACUACGACAAGUCGUACUUCGUGACGGGUGACAUGACCAUGUGGCUGUACGAACCAGAUUGCGAGUUUGCCGACCCUUUUGUGUCGUUCAACGGCCGAGAUCGAUUCAAGCAGAACGUGUCCAACCUCGGGUCGUUCAUGGAGGAAGUUUCCUUGAAGAUUCUCGACUGGCAGGAGUCCGAGGGCAUGGUUACUGCAAAGUGGCGAUUCAGCUGUGUCUUGGGCCUGCCAUGGCGUCCUAUACUCGCUGCAUCCGGGGCAACGGACCAUUACUUCAACGAAUCAACUGGGAAAAUCUACAAGCAUGUUGAGAAGUGGGACAUUUCUCCUGCUGACGGCGUGAGGCAGCUCCUCAAGCCAAACCCUAAACUGAAAAAGCGCUAGCCCUCCACCAUCCUCUUCUCCCCCCUCCCCCUCGCAUCCUCUCUUUUUUUCAACCCAUAUAUGGUACAGUCAGCACCAAACUUUAGUAAAGCGCGCAUCCUGCAUAGGGAAAAUCGUUGUGUGCCCUGGCACGAAGUGUUGUAGUAAUGCAAUGUUUUGUAUGCAGCUUUAUGUUUGCCCAUUUUCCGGGUAAAGGGUUCUGCUUAAUUCCCAUAUGUAACAAUG